AGUUUCGUGCUCGAGCACCCGCGCGUUUUGCUCGCUUCUGGUCGGCACACACGUACACCAACGCGUGGGACCCGGCUGAUCCAGGGCGCCAUGGGGAAGGCGCAGAAGCGCUUGGCGGCAGGGGCGGCCGACGGGCGGGGGCGCUACCUCGCCGCAGAAAAGAUUGUACAAUACCAGAGGUCAUGCACCUCUUCUAGCCCGGGGCCCUGCUGCCGCAGCCCGCUCGCCAUACCCGGAUCGUGUUCGCCCUACGGUUUCAGCCCGAGGGAGUGCGGCGACAGCGCAGGCGACAGCUACGCUCAUCCGCCAACAAGGGGCCCCAUCAACGCGGUCGUCCACAUCGCACCGUCCUUGGGACCUGCCCGCGCCGACCACCACGGUGCGCCGGGCGUGCAGGAAAGCGCCGCCGCCACGAGCGCCGCACGCCCGCAGGGGCCUCACAGGGGCCCUGCGACAGCUGCUCGCGGUGGGCCUCCUGGCAGGUGGGACGGCCAGGCCCGCUCGAGCCCCGAUCCCCUGCCGGCCGCGCCGCCGGGCCGCCUGCAGGCCCCCGCGGCGCCGCCCAGCGCCCGGCAGGAGCACGAGGCCGCCGGCGAGCACCACGCGGCGGCGGCUCUCGGCACGCCCGCGGCGCGCGCGCCGCUGGCGCCGCCAGGCUCCUGGAGGGGCACGGCGUGGCAGGCCUCCGCUCCCCCCGGCCUCGAGGCCGCCAGGGCCCCGCCGGCCUCCGCCGCCCCUGGGCUCCCGGCGCCCGCCAGCGGCGCGCCGCGCCUGCCGCCGCCCGGGCCGGGGGACGGGGGCGCCCGCCACGGCCCCUGGCCCGCGGCCAUCGGGCUGCCGCCGGGCCUCGAGGCCAGCGGCUCGGGGCCCGACCGCUCGGAGGCGCAGGCGCCGACUGCCCGUCCGCCCGCGGUGCCGCCCGGCUCCUGGGACGUCGGCGCAGCCCCGCCGAGGUCCGAGCCUCUCGCCGCCGAGCCCCCGCCGCCGCAGCGGCUCGAGGCGCCGCGCCAAGCGCGCCGCGCCUGGUGCCCCGAAGGGCGCGACGAGGCCGUCCUCGGGCGGGCGGACCAGACCGAGGGCGGCCACGGGCGCACGGAGGCGGGCUCUCUCGCUGGCCUCCGGGGGCAGACGGCGCGCCUGUCGUGGCCUGCGCAGCGCUGCGAGCAGCGCGAGGGAGGCGCGGCGUGA